AUGGUCCAUGUAUGGUUCAAUGGAAAGAUAGUUAGCGGAAGCUUGGAUAACAAGUCAGAGGGACCUAAAAUUGACAUAUGGCAAAGGAAAGCAGUUAAGAUGGCUGAUAAACAUAGUUUGAACUAUGAUGUGAGGGAGCUUAAGCUGGGUGCAAGCUUCACAAACAAUAAAACUUCUCAGUAUCAUACAAUCAAAUAUGAUUUCAAACCAGCAUCUGUUGAUAUGAACAAAAUGGCUACAGUGGAUGUUGGAACGAACAAUCAAGUUACUGUGACAGUGCCCCAUUUAGAUGGUGCUGGAGUCCCUCAGACAGUAUUUAAAGGUAGUCAACGGCCCUAUACAAAGGAAUGUGUGCUCAUUAUAGACAGGGUCACAGGGGAGAUUACGUUGGAGAAGCUCUCUAGCAAUAUUCAAGUUAAGAAGACUAGACAAGAAACGACACAGAAACCCCGACCUCUUACGCCGGUCACCACAGAAUUUACAAAUACAACGCAGCGGUCCACGUCCCGUACUCGAGUGGCCACUAACCGUCGCACGAAUAAUAAUGCUAAUACAGCCAGCGUUGUCCAGCCAAGUACUCAAUCUCGGUUCAGCAAUAGUGGGGUUCAGAAACCCGUGCAGAAUAUGGUGAGGUCCCCACCGCGUGUCAAGACAUCGCCUCCACAGGCUCCAUGGUCGGCCGGUGGGAACAGCACGCUCGCGUCGCUUCCUAUGAUAGGGCUAGACGACGCGCCCGCGCCGCGCAGCCCCGGCCCGACCGCGACUCGUGGCACGCACGCGCCGCACGUGCCACACGUGCCACACGCGCCGCACGCGCCACACGUGCCACACGUGCCACUCGCCGGGCACGGCAGCCAUAGUAACCUCGCAGCCGCGCCUCUUGCGCACGCCCCGCUCCCCGCCGCCGCGCCUCCGCCCGCUCCGGUAGCGUCGCAAGACGACAGUUCGUCGAGUUCGUCGAGCGACAGCGACAGCGACAGCGGAAGCGGAAGCGAUAGUGACGAUAACGAUUCCUCUGCUGCACUACCUACGCUUAACAAUGGUAAUGUCAGCAAUCCGGCACUGCCCAGCGACGUGCUAAACGACGAUCUCUGCCUCUCCGAAUCGGGCAGCGAUUCCGACUGA